UCGGCGGUGGGGCGGCGCGGGCGGCGGAUGGUGCCGGGGCGGCUCUCGGUCGCUGGUGGGGGACGGAAGCCGGAGCCGGAGCUGGCUGCGAACGCCUCCCUCUCCCGUCCCGUCCCGCCGCGUCUCGUCGCGCCCCGCCGCCCUCCGCUGUGAGCCGGCAGCGCCGUACGAUGUGAGCGGCCGCGGGACUCGGCAGCGCCCCCGGUGCCCACGACGCUGGGGCGGGCAGCGAUGGCCGGAGCGUGGCGUGGGAGCGGCCGCCGAUAAGAAGCUCCGGGGGCAGCCGGGCGGCGGCGCGGAGACUCCCCCGGGCCGGGAAGCGCCGCUCCCGUCCCGCCCUCCUCCCUCCCUCCCUUCCUCCCCCGCGGCCGGUGCAUGCGGGGCGCCGGGGGCAGCGCUCGGCUCCUUCCCCCGCCGGACAGCGUGAGCCGCUCGGGGCCGCGCCCCCCGCCAUGUCCUCGUCGUCCAGUUCCUCGCAGACCCCCCCGUCCCACCACCAGCCCCCGCCGCAGAGGAUGAGGCGCGGCGCCGCCGGGUCCCCCACCGCCGGUGGCGGCACGGCCGGGGGCCCCGGCAACGGGGGCGGCGCGGCGGGGAGCAGCCGCCUCCUGCAGCCCAUCCGAGCCACCGUCCCCUACCAGCUCCUACGGGGCAACCAGCACAGCCCGACCCGCUCCCCCUCCGCCUCGGUGGGCAGCAACACCGGGCCGGGAGGGGGGCGAGGCGGCAGCCCUCCGCCCCCCAGCGCCACGCCGCCGUUGUCGGCGGGAGGCGGCGCGGCCGAGGCGGGCAGGGUGAAGGGUCGGCAGCGGCGCUCGCCGGACAGCGGCGGCAGCAGGAGGAGCAGCUCACCUGAGAGACGCAGCCCCAGCUCCCCGGUGUACAGAGUGGACAGGCCAAAAUCCCAGCAAAUCAGAACUUCUGGUACCAUAAGGCGAACUUCUUCUUUGGACACAAUUACAGGACCUUACCUCACAGGACAGUGGCCACGUGAUCCGCAUGUACACUACCCUUCAUGUAUGAAAGAUAAAUCUACUCAGACACCUAGCUGUUGGGCUGAAGAAGGAGCAGAAAAGCGAUCACAUCAGCGCUCAGCAUCAUGGGGAAGUGCUGAUCAACUAAAAGAGCAGAUUGCCAAACUGAGACAGCAGCUUCAGCGCAGUAAGCAGAGUAGUCGUCACGGUAAAGAGAAAGAACGUCAAUCACCUCUCCAUGGCAACCAUAUAGCAAUCAGUCAGACUCAGGCUUCUAUUUCUAGAUCAGUCCCUAUGCCACUGUCAAACAUUUCAGUGCCAAAAUCAACUGUUUCACGUGUGCCGUGUAAUGUAGAAGGGAUAAGCCCUGAACUGGAAAAAGUGUUCAUUAAGGAAAAUAGUGGAAAAGAAGAGAUAUCCAAGCCUUUGGAUAUCCCUGAUGGUCGAAGAGCCCCAUUACCCGCUCACUAUCGUAGUAGUAGUACACGAAGCAUUGACACUCAGACUCCAUCUGUCCAGGAGCGCAGCAGCAGCUGCAGCAGCCAUUCACCAUGUGUGUCUCCCUUUUGCCCUCCUGAAUCUCAGGAUGGGAGUCCUUGCUCAACAGAAGACUUACUCUAUGACCGUGAUAAAGACAGUGGGAGUAGCUCACCGUUGCCCAAGUAUGCCUCAUCUCCCAAACCAAACAACAGCUACAUGUUCAAACGGGAACCCCCAGAGGGAUGUGAGAAAGUGAAAGUCUUUGAGGAAAGCUUGUAAGUAAUGCCUUUUAUAUCAGCUGGUAUCUGCAAAGCAGUAAACCUGUUUACUGAGCCCAUUCAACUGCAGAUGAAUAAACUAUUCCAGCUGAUGAGUUUUUCAGGAGCAAACUAUCCUUAGUUUGUACAGAAGAGAAGUUGAAGUGUUCAUGUUGGUUUGAAGAGGAAAUGGAGUCUUUUAUGCUUGAACUCUUUUUGUGUAUUUAUAAAAAGGCAAGAAAAAUCCAAGCGGAAAAGAUAAGGUACAUUUAAUUUCCUAAGCGUUUAUAAACCUCACUUUCAUAUGCUUGUAUUAACUUUUGUAAAUGUUCCUUGUUUGACACAAAAACUCUCCUUGCCAGAAUUUUUAUCAGUUUUGAGCAUAGGUUGCAUUCAUAUACCCUAUGGUUACAAUUGUGUUUAAAACACAUAAAAUGACUUGAAAUCUAUAUAUUAUAAAGAGUUUUUAGAUGGUUGUAUACUUAAUGACAUAGACUUCGCUCAAUAGUUUUGCUGUUGAGCAGGAAAUCAGAAAUUAAACUCUUAGACAUGGUGUCCUUUUCCAUAGACUCAGCAGUAUUAGAACAUAUGCUGUCAAAGUUGCAUGCUUAGCUCCUGUGGAAGAAAAGAAUGAAGGAGGGGGAUGGUUCUUGCUCUAACGGCAUUCAUUGCCCAAUGGAUGGUGAAGGAGCAAUGCUGGGUUGUGGAGGAAGCCUCUGAGCAGAUUACAGAAUAUGGGAAAGGAGAGGUCAAUUUCACGGAGUUCCUUAAAGAUUUGAUGUGACUACACGUGUUGUUUCUGCAGUGCUAUUGUUAAAGAAGACUUUGUGUCGUUCUAAAUUACCAUGGCAUUUUUUCAUGUGCAUAUGUAUUGCAGAUUUUUCUCUCUGGAAAGGUGCAUGUUUAUCCAGUAACGAUGUCAUUUUUGUGAUGGCACUGUUUUUAAUGCUGUGGAUCAGUUAGCUGACUACCAAUAUGGAAGAUGUUUGCCCCUCUGUCCAGUUAAUCCCAUUCCUUGUCAUUCACAUUUUAGCAACCUGUAGAACCACAAAGUUCACAACAUACAAACAUCUCAGUCGGACGAGUAUAUAAUCUUUUUUCUUGUUGUAGGUCUCGUCAGCCUGUCUCAACCCCUCUCUUUUCAUGUCCUGACAAAAACAAGGUUAAUUUCAUCCCAACCGGAUCAGCUUUCUGUCCUGUAAAACUUCUGGGCCCCCUACUUCCCGCUUCAGACCUGACACUGAAGAACUCUCCAAACUCCGGACAAAGCACAGCUUUGAGCAGCCUGACUGUUGAGCAGCUUUCGUCUCGGGUCUCUUUCUCAUCUCUGUCGGAUGACACCAGCACAAUGGACUCUACAGAGGUCUUGGUACAGCAACCAUCCCAGCAGCAGCAGCAGCCUCUCCUGCAAGAAAUUCAGACUGAAGAGCAUUCCUCUCCUCAGAGCUACGCGCUCAUCUAGACCAAGGUGUGGAGCAGGCCUCUGCCCCAAAGCAAGGAUUGAGGAGGUAACGGUUCAGAUACAUCUGCAUGAGGUGGCGACCUUUCAGAACAAAGUGGAGUACUUAGCAGCAUUCUGAAAAAUAUCUCAACGCUGUUCUUGGCAGGGACAGAAUCCAUAUUCAGCAUCUUCUGUGAGAAAGCAGUAAUGCCUGCAGAAUCCAUAUAUCAUUAAGCGUUUUAAGUGGAGACUAUGCAUUUCAUAGUAUGUUUGACCAGAUUAGUACUGUGUCCUGUGUUCUGUUUCAAAUUCUACAGUAUAAAUAAGCUCUCUCUCUAUAUAUAUAUUAAAAAAAAAAAAAAAAGAAAAAAAGUUGCCUGUCUGAAUAGAAAAUGUCUUGCUGUGUUGUGUCCUAUGGAAAAUACUGUACUUCAGGAUUAUGUUUACAAUUGAUCCAGGUGUUUAUGUUUCUAACUUCUGUAAUACACACAAUGCAAAAAAAAUAUUAAAAAAAAAAGAAGAAAAAAGAAAAAAAAAACACAAAAAUGGCCACAACAGUUGCACAGUGCCCACCCUAUGGCCUAGCUUCAGGUACUUCUCUCGAAGUGUAAACUCAGGUAACUUGGAAUGUAUAUCAUAUUGGGAUAUUAAAUACUUUACAGCUACAAAGCUAAAGAGGGAACAUCACUCUUUUGCCUUUCCUUGUUUUAUGCAUUAAUAUUUCCUCAUUACAUUCCACUUUCUUGGAAUAAGUGCAUUCAGCUCCAGGUGAAUGGUGACCCUGGACGUGGGUGAACGUGAGGAGAACCAGCAAAUCUGUGAUGUAUAUCACUUUGUCAUGUGCUUACAAGCAAAAACAACUGUUGCAUUUACUGUCAUUUCAAUAUACGUAAAAUGUGGCAUUUAAAGGUUUCAGGUGUUGCUCGGUUAAUGACUGUUAAACUGUUGCAAAUAAAGUGUUCAGUACUAGGCUGUA